AUGCUUGGGUUCAUGUUUUAGAUAAAUUAGGCCACUAGGUGUCUCUCAAAGACAAAAAUUACAGGUUUGACCUUAUUAGUUCAAAUAACAAGACCAGUAAUGUUUCUUUAAUACAUAAAACAAUGACAUGCACAUAAAUACACUAAUUACUAAUUACAUUACGUUAAUGUUGUGUAAGACAUUUUCUUCAUAAUUGACCUAAUCUUUAAUUUUCUAUAUUGGUUUAGGCUGUAAUUUGUUAUCCACUAUGUUUGAAAUGUAUGUAUGACUCCCCCUCUCAUCUCAGUGUCAUGUGAUCUGUGUGAGUCCAGUGCCAGGUUAAAGCAGUGUGUGUAAGAGGGCUGACUCUGUCAGGAUUAACCCACAUGGUUUAACAUUCUGACAAAACAAGCUUACUGGUGGCCACAUUCUGCAAACAGCACAGUACCAACAGUAGCUUUGUGUUACACCGAUACAAACACUUCAGGGUCCUUUCUUUCACAUACUAUGGCAUCCCUGGAUGAAGAGCUGACCUGCUCUGUGUGCCGAGACAGCUUCAGCCAACACCACCCUCUACCCUGCGGUCACAGCCUCUGCCCCGACUGCGUCCGCGAGGCCUGGAGCAGUCAGGGUGAUGGUGUAGUUCGCUUUACCUGUCCUCAGUGUCAGGAAGAGAAUAGUGGAGUAUUGUGUGACUCCUGCCCUUCUGAGACACAGAAUGGGCAGCCAGCAUUGGCGAUCAAGACCUGCCUGAAGUGUGAGGUGUCGCUGUGUGCUGAACACCUCCAGCCACACCUGGAAAGGCCGGCGUUCAGCACCCAUCUGUUAGUGGAACCACUCCGGGACCUUUCCUUGCGAAGGUGUCCGACACACACAGAGAUGUUCCGCUACUACUGUACAGAUGAGAGGGUGUAUGUGUGCGGCGACUGUCUGCUGGAGGGAGGCCAUGCUCAGCACAAAGUGAAAGCUCUGAGACAAGUGGAGGAUGACCUGAAGGUCAUUCUCCAGACACUGCUCAGAAAAGCAGAGGAAAAAUUGAAAGAUGGAGAGCGAAUCCUCAAGGAGCAUGAGAAUAUUGAUUCCGUUAUGGCUGACUCUCUAGAAAAUGACGACACACAGGUGGAGCGACUGGGGUCGGACCUGCAGAUUCAGGGGAUGAAGCUUGUGGUGGCACUGAAGGAGAUCACGAGGAAGGAGAGACAGCAGGUCAUUGAACGUGUGCGCCAGGACUGUGCUAAGGUGAGGGACGGCGUGAGCCAGACGCUGAGCAUCCAGCACUACCUGGCCUCGCUGCUGACAGAGACUGACCCCUUCCUGCUCAUCUGGUUCUUUCAAACAGAUGAGACAAAGUUACUCGCUGACCUGAACAGCCCUGUUUUCAUCCCUGAUGCUGUCAGGCUGGACAGGAAGAACAUCCUGGAAGAUAUCGAGAGCAAGUACCGGGAAUUCAUCACCUCCACCCUCCGCUGCCUCAGUGAACUCAAGAGGGAGCUCUUAACCAGUCCCUUGACUCUGGAUACCAACACUGCCCAUCCUCUCCUGAGCAUCACUGAUGACCUUCGCUCAGUGACACGAGUCAAAAACCGCCUGCCCCGCGCUGCUCAUCCCCAACGUUUUGACCACUGGCCUCAGAUACUCACUGUCCAGACCUUCUCCUCUGGUACUCACUACUGGGAGCUGGAGGCUGAGGGAUUCUGGGAUAUUGGUGUUUGCUAUAGAAGUAUUGGACGGAAGGGGAAAGACAGCAACGCUUUUGGGAACAACAAGGUAUCAUGGAGCUUGACACAGCAGCAUGACAGGAAGCUGGCCGCCUGGCACAACCGCAGAAAAACUCGCCUCAGUUACCAAAUGACUCGCAACCGAGUUGCUGUAGCAGUGGACUUCAGCUCAGGAACCAUCACCUUCUCUGAGGUGGGACUGUCCAGCAAUCUGACCCACAUUCACACUUUCUCCACCGCCUUUACUCAGCCGGUGUGCUUGGGUUUUGGACUCUACAAGGCUGAGCUCAACAGCCACAUCUCUAUCGUCAAAGUCUGAGAUAAAGAAAAGGCAAAGGAGGCCUAAGGGAAUAACUGUGCUGGUUUGGCUGAGAUAAAGCCACUCCAAGACAAUCAACUGUUGUAAAAAAAUAUAAAAAACAAACCACACAACUCAGUGCUGGAAAUUGUGCCAACUGGAACAUUUAAGCUCAGCUAGUCUUCCAUAAACAUAUCACCAAAAACAGUGAUCAGGUGGGAAUGAUUUUAAAUGCUGAAGGGGAACAAAUUAAUAUUUGUUUAUGAAUAUGUUCUGUAUUCCACAGGUAUUUAAAGCUACACUGUGUAACGUUUAGGGAUUUUUUCUUAUUUUUGUCACGCGUCUGUCUGUCAAACUGCUGAAUGACCUAACCCUAACCCUGUUUUUUAGCGGUAGAAUUAAUUUCAGAAACCUUUCGUGAGCGCGUCUUUGGCCUCCGUCUGUCUUGAUAUAAAAUGAGCCACCUCCUUUGUGCAGUUCCUUUUGACAAUCAACAUUGUGUGGACUCGUUUUGGAUGAAACUGACAUUAGUUUAUAAAAGUUACACCUACAGGUUUAAAAAUGCAACUGACUAGCUCUUAAAAUACUGUUACCAGUUUAUUAGGAACACCUAGUUCUAUCUGAUUCACUCUAAUAUUUCAUGCAACUGCCUUUAGUUUAUUGCUAAUUCACAUUUGUUGUGCUGAAUUGUAUUGCAUCAGGGGUAUUUAGUCGACCUUCAUUGAUUAACACUGGAGGAAAAUUGCAAUGAUAUUGUGUGAUACCGUUUAUUAUUUGAGCUGCGCAAGGGCCUACCUCUGUUU